ACCCCUCAGCCUCCCCAUACCCUUCCCGAGAACCGCCGCCGCCUCCCCCUCCGCUCUCGUUCCCGCCCUGGCGCGCGCGCGCGCAACCACAUCCACACGCGCACACUCGGCUCGCUCUCUCUCUCUCUCUCGCAGCCCCAGGUAGAAUUCGGCUGCCUUCGCCCGCUCCUCUCCGCGCAUCCCUCAGAUUUGCAGGUGGCGUGUCAGGUGUUUCGCUUCAUGGUUCUCUUCUUCGCCACCCCACCCCUUCCUCUUUUUUGACGGCAGGAAAAGCCUUUUUAUUUUUUUUCUCGCUUGCGGGGGAAGCUUUUCGGAGCAGGAAAUAAGAUGCAGCCUCUCUGUUCUUCUUGCAACGGGCACUGACUAGCCGAGAGGAAGCCACGAAGAAGCAGCAGCUACAACGGGCGGAGGAGGAGGAGAGGAGGGCAGCUUCCCGUCAUCUGCACGGCGCCGCCGCCUCGCUCAUCUUCUUUCCCUGCCAGACCUGCAACCACCUCAAAACUUUCAGCCUGUCUGGCGGAGCCCCAACGCGACAUCAAUGGUGGAGGCGAUAGUGGAGUUUGACUACAAGGCUCAGCAUGAUGAUGAGCUGACAAUCACUGUCGGUGACAUAAUCACCAAUAUCAGGAAAGAGGAUGGAGGUUGGUGGGAAGGACAGCUUAAAGGCAGAAGAGGUUUGUUCCCUGACAACUUUGUAAGAGAAAUGAAAAAAGAAGCAAAGAAGGAAGGUCCUGUCAUCAAAGCACCAGAAAAGUCUAUACAUGAUGUUUCCAAUGGAAGUCCUUUACUGUUGUCUGAGACAAUUAUUAGAGCCUCCAAAAAAGGUGAUCGAAAUAGGCGGAGAAGAUGUCAGGUGGCCUUCAGUUAUAUGCCUCAGAAUGAAGAUGAACUAGAAUUGAAAGUUGGAGAUAUCAUAGAGGUGGUUGGAGAAGUGGAAGAGGGUUGGUGGGAAGGAGUUCUCAAUGGGAAGACUGGCAUGUUUCCUUCCAACUUCAUAAAGGAGCUUUCUGAUUCUGACGAUACUGGAACUGUCCAACAGGAGCAGCUAAUAAAACCAAGAAAGUCUGCCUUUCAAGGGACAAUUCUGUAUAAAGUGGCACCAGCAAAGAUUGACAGCUACAGACGCUAUAACAGUUUGAGAGAUGCUACCGGCUCAGAAAGUGACGGUGGUGAUUCAAGCAGCACGAAAUCAGAAGGAGCUAAUGGAGCAGCAACAAUCCAACCCAAAAAGGUCAAAGGGGUUGGCUUUGGAGACAUUUUUAAGGACAAACCUAUAAAGCUACGUCCAAGGUCAAUAGAAGUAGAUAAUGACUUUCUUCCAGUUGAAAAGACAGUUGGAAAAAGAAUACCCACAGCCACAGCAGUUCAGGAGCCCGCGAAAAUAGAAGUGGACAACAGGACAAAGGUAAAGGAAUAUUGCAAAGUUUUAUUUUCAUACGAAGCACAGAAUGAAGAUGAACUGACAAUCAAAGAAGGUGAUAUUGUCACUCUUGUCAAUAAGGAAUGUAUCGAUACUGGCUGGUGGGAAGGAGAACUCAACGGUAGAAGAGGAGUAUUUCCUGAUAACUUUGUUAAAUUACUUAUUUCUGACUUUGAAAAAGAGAGACCUAAGAAACCACCACCUCCAUCAGCUCCUCCCUUCAAACAAGGAUCAGCUACGACAGACAGAAAACAUGAAAUCAAAAAGGUACCUCCUGAAAGACCAGAAUGUCUUCCUCAUCGAACAGAAGAGAAAGAAAGACCAGAGAGAGAGCAAAAGCUGUUAGAUUUACAGAAGCCUUCUGUUCCUGCUAUACCACCGAAGAAACCUCGACCACCCAAAACAAACUCUUUGAACAGACCUGGUACGUUGCCUCCAAGAAGACCAGAAAGACCAAUUGUGCCUCUGACCCAUACAAGGAAUGAUAUCCCAAAAGUAGAUCUAGCGAGCUGUACAUCAUCCAGCACCUUAGAAAAGGAUUCCACAGAAAGGAGCAAUGACAUCGAUCUGGAAGGUUUUGAUUCCGUAAUACCAGUUGCUGAGAAGCUCAGUCACCCAACAACUACUAGACCAAAAGCUACUGGGAGAAGACCUCCUUCACAAUCAUUCACAUCUUCUUCACUUUCGAGUCCUGACUUCUUUGAUUCGCCAAGUCCUGAAGAUGAAAAGGAGGAACAUGUUUCUCUUCCGCACAAAGUAGCUGAACCAUUAAAGAAAGCAAAGACUGUUACAAUAUCGCUAGUAUCUGACAACAAAGCUUCACUGCCUGCCAAGCCAGGAGGCUUAACAAGUGGAAGUAAUCUUCCAUCUUCAUUAUCAUCCUCAUCUGCACUUCAUCCAGUUUCAGCAGGAACAACAGGUCAUAGGUCAAAUUCCCCAUCUUUGUUCAGCAGUGAAGGAAAGCCAAAGACUGACCAAUCCAGCCAAGGUGAAGCAGCUUUGGAUGAGUUAAGAACACAAGUGAAGGAGCUGCGAACUAUCAUUGAAACAAUGAAAGACCAGCAGAAAAAAGAGAUUAAACAAUUGCUGUCUGAAUUAGAUGAAGAAAAGAAGAUCCGGCUACGAUUACAGAUGGAAGUUAAUGAUAUAAAGAAAGCUCUUCAAUCAAAGUGAAUUCUGGAUAGAUGGAAUGUUGUAUUAUUCAUCGUGACAGAGACUUUUAUGCCCCAGACAAAAUAACUUUGUGCCAAAUGAUUAAAGAACUGCCUACACCCCUUUGUUUGAACAACUAGCACAAGAGUUUUAAUAGCACAACACAAAUUCCAGUGAAGAGGAGGAAUUUCCAUGUGGCUUGGUUAUCGCACUGUUGUGACUGAAAUUCUUCUUACUGUGCUAAAAUCUUCUCUACUUCAAGUUCACAGGCAAUUGAAAACUCAGGCAGUUUAGUUCAUAGUGGUACUAUUUUAAUGAUGUUUUCCAUAAGUAAAAUCUACUUCAGGUUUAUCAGUUUACAGGUUUUAUGAUUUUGACUUUUUAAAUUGUCUUUUGUCACACAGAUUCUUAAAAUGUUUGUAUUGCAUAUAGCCAGAAAUGAAUGUUGAUAGCUGGGUGAGGAGUCCUUUAUUUGUUUCUCUCUCUCUCUCUCUCUCUCUCUCUCUCUCUCUCUCUGUCUCUCUUUCUCUCUUUCUCUCUUUCUCUCUUUCUCUCUUUCUCUCUCUCUCUUGCUUCACAUAGAACAGCUUUAUGUGUUGUUUUAAAUACGAUUACAUAUGCAAUCUUUUGUCCAAAAAUUAUCUACAAGAUGAAUCUUAAGUUUGUGUACAAAUAGUGUAUUUAAAAGGAAAAAAAUGAAGAUAAAUUGGUCUUUGCAAUGAUUUGUGCCUUCUUUUGCCAAACACUGAUUGGAGCUGGUUGUAGACCAGGUCUUAGAAAUGUAGCUAUCACAAUGAGGCCUGACAGUCCACUAGAGGUCACUCUUUCAGUAUUUUAGCUGCUUGCUCCUAAGAGAACAUGUUUGGGAUUUUUUGUUUUUUGUUUUUGCUAAGGUGGUAUAAUGACCACAGCAUGUUGAAGCAGCUUUAUUUCAACAACUGUGGCUUAUUCAACUGAGAAUUCACUGCUGCUUGAUUUCAUUCAAACUUUAAACACUUGCUUUCAUCUCUGGGUUUGCAAAUCUUGGGUGAACAGAAUAUGCAUAAUCUAAGAGCAAAAAUGAAUAAAAUAUAAAACAACAAGAGAGAGUUGUAUUAUUUCAUGCACAGAUAUUGUGCAAUAUUAACCUGGUGUUUAAUAUCAAUUGCUACAUCUAUUGUGAACUUUGUAAUGUGGGGAAAUGGUGUGAUUUUUGUAUAAUGGCAUCGUAGAAGCUGGGCUUUCUUUCCUAGGGUUACAGAAAAGCAGUAUUUAACUCAUCUAUUUAUAGAUAGUGAGAAUCUCAGAUUUCAAGGUAAAUUGAGUGUAUGUGCACAUGUGCACAAUCUAAAAAUAGUUCAUGACAAAAACUGUAAUUUCCUAUUUUAAUAAUAGAUUGCAUUAU